AGCUCCAGGUUUCUUUUUUCCCUCACAAUAGGAUUUUCCCUGCCCUCCAGCCUGUUAAACUUUAUGCAAAUCCACUGGGCACAGAGACACCAGGAAGUAAGUGCUAAAAAAACACUCACACACAAAGCCCAGAGAGCAGAAGUUCCUCCAGUGACUGGAGCGAGAGCAAGUGGCAGAGCUGAGGCAGCGGCAGGACUGGUUUUGCUGGGUUUUGGGAACCUAAAGACUCCUCUGGGCUGUGGCCAUUUCCUAGUGAGACACGCCGUGCUUUAUCCUGGGGACCAAAGGAACGACUGGUCACUAACAGACCGACCACAAAACUAUGGGAUGUAUAAAAUCAAGAACAGCCAAUCCUCAAGAUGAGAUGGGGAAGAAUAAUCCAGUACGUAAAAAUGAUCGAACUAUUUAUGUGCCAGAUCCAACGGCUAAACUGCAAAGGCCAGUUUCUCGUACAUCAAGCCUUUUACCAGGUCAAAAAAUGAUACAAGAUAUAGACGAACAGGGGAAUAUUGUGGUUGCCUUGUAUCCAUAUCAGGGAAUCCACCAAGAUGACUUGAGUUUCAAGAAAGGAGAAAAACUGAAGGUUCUUGAAGAGCAUGGAGAAUGGUGGAAAGCUAAGUCUCUAUCAACCAAGAAAGAGGGUUUUAUACCAAGCAAUUAUGUGGCCCGAGUGAACACACUAGAAACAGAAGAAUGGUUUUUUAAGGACAUUACCAGAAAAGAUGCAGAAAGGCAAAUUUUGGCACCUGGUAACAAUCCUGGAGCUUUCAUGAUCAGAGAAAGUGAAACAUCAAAAGGCAGCUACUCAUUGUCAAUUAGAGAUUAUCACCCACAGACUGGAGAUGUUAUCAAGCACUACAAGAUCAGGACUUUAGAUAAUGGUGGCUAUUACAUUUCUCCUAGAAUUACAUUUACUUGCAUCAGUGACAUGAUUCAGCAUUAUCAAAAGCAACCAGAUGGCCUAUGUAGGAAACUUGAAAAACCAUGCUUUAGCCCUAAACCGCAGAAGCCGUGGGACAAGGAUGCUUGGGAAAUUCCAAGGGAAUCAAUAAAGAUGACGAGAAAGCUUGGAGCCGGUCAAUUUGGUGACGUGUGGAUGGGAUUUUAUAACAACAGCACAAAGGUAGCUGUGAAAACUUUAAAGGUGGGGUCCAUGUCUGUACAAGCAUUCAUGGAAGAAGCCAACCUCAUGAAGACCCUCCAGCAUGACAAACUUGUAAGGCUAUAUGCUGUGGUCUCCAAAGAGGAACCCAUUUACAUUAUCACAGAAUUCAUGGCAAAGGGUAGUCUUCUAGAUUUUCUGAAGAGUGACGAAGGAGGCAAAAUUAUCCUUCCAAAGUUAAUUGAUUUCUCUGCUCAGAUUGCCGAAGGCAUGGCUUACAUAGAAAAAAAGAACUACAUCCACCGAGAUCUUAGAGCUGCUAAUGUGCUUGUUUCGGAGUCCUUAAUGUGCAAAAUAGCUGACUUUGGUCUUGCACGAGUAAUUGAAGAUAAUGAGUACACCGCAAGGGAAGGCGCUAAAUUCCCAAUUAAGUGGACUGCGCCAGAGGCAAUUAACUUCGGCUCGUUCACGAUAAAAUCGGACGUGUGGUCAUUUGGCGUUCUGCUGUAUGAAAUAAUAACCUUUGGAAAGAUUCCUUAUCCAGGAAUGAGCAAUUCAGAUGUGAUGUCCGCCCUGCAGCGAGGCUAUCGUAUGCCCCGCAUGGAAAACUGUCCUGAAGGACUGUACGACAUCAUGAAAGAGUGCUGGAAGGAGAAAGCUGAGGAGCGGCCAACUUUUGAUUAUUUACAAAGUGUUCUGGAUGAUUUCUACACAUCGACAGAAGCUCAAUAUCAACAACAGCCUUAGUGCCGGACACACGUUUCCUUGUUAUUGUGUAGGAAAACAGACUGAACUGAUUAUUCCAUUCUUUUGCCUCUCACAAUCUGGAAAGUUUGAACAUGCUAAAAAAGAUGGAUAAUACAUUCUGGUCCCAUUUACAUCAUGGCCUGCUGACUGGUGUCACUUUUCUGCAUUGGUUCCUUGUGCAGAGCUGGUGUCAAAAUCUUAAGCACUUGGAAAUAAAUAGGCAUCGUAUUGUACAUUGUUGAUCAUACACAGAUAUCUCUUUAGGUGAUUACCGUCCUGACAGAAUUAAUUUAAGCGAUGGCACAUUCUUCCUUACGCCUACAACUCUCACCCCUCCGAAUGGUUCCUCUUAUAUGAAUGCAAAGUGCAAAGAGUAGUAUUUAUAAAACUCUGUGUCACAUGAAGCUGUAUAACUAUGUGAGUUAAUGGUUAGAUUUGAGAGACGCUGUUUUGUUUUUUUAAAAGUUUUACCUAUUUUUCAUUCACAAAAAUUGCUUUUACAAAUAUUCAGCGUAUUUAUAUGUAACCACUGAUAUAGAGCAAGGUUGCCAUCAAGAAGCUGUGUUAUAAGUGUAGCAGUUGUCAUGACAACAUGGCAGGGAUGUUACAUUUGCAGGCCUGGUAUUCACAAGCUCUGGACUACAACUACUGUAAGAAUCAUGGGCAUUGUGGGCCACAGGAGCUGAGAGUUGGACAUCUUCUAUAAAGAAUGGGGCAAGCUCUAUUGUCUGAUCAUCAUGGACAGGUCAUAUCAUUAUACAUUAUUACCAAAAUGUGUUAAUUGAAGGCAGUUCUGUGAUUCUUUAAAGGGGAACUAUUGCGAAAAUUUAAAUUUAAUAUAAGCGUCCGCAUACUGAAAUAAGAAACUUUCUAAAUCCAAUCAAUUAAAAAUU